UGGUCACGAAUUUUAUUUAAAUUCGAAUUCACUCCGUCACAGAGUUCCGGAGUUUUAGAAAAAAAAAACUCGCAUGCAGAGUAAAUAGGAGUUUAUUUUUCCAGCGACGAUUUCGGAGUGAUCGGGAUUUUAUUUAAAUCCGCAUUCAAUCCGAUUCGGAGUUUUAAUAUUAAAAUGAACUCCGUUUAGGAGUGAACUUCACGGCGAACCGGAGUUUUAAUAUUAAAAUGAACUCCCUUUCAGAGUGAAUUUUACUCCAAUAGGAUUAAAUAAAUACACAGACAUCCGCUCUGCAUUCACUCCGAUUCACUCCUGAUUAAAUCCGUAUUCACUCCGCAAAUAUUUUACAGUGUACUGUCCAAACAACACUUUUAAAAUGUAACUUUAACAUAGAGCGCUUGUUAAUUUAUUAAAAUAACACUAAUAAUGUGUUGAAUUCACCGUAGUCACUCGUUAAAUAUACAUACAUAAAUUUUUAUAAGUAUCAAAAUAUCACAAAUAAAAAUGUUAAAUCAACACUUUACGUGUGUCGCAGAUAACAUUUCAAUGUGUAAAAGUUUUAGGACCGCUAACAUUUUUACGAUCCUGAAGUUAACAGACAGUCACAAAUUUUUGGACUUUUUUUUUCAGCAAAAAAAUUACAAAAAAAAAAAAACUAAAAAAAUGCACAUGUAGAAAAUUUAAAAAACUAUAUGUGCAGUUUUUUAAAAUUUUUUUUUAUUUAUAAUUUAUUGUUUAAAAAAAAAUCCAAAGACUAUUGGACGUCGGCUAACUUCAGUAUCAUAACAUUUUUUUGUGUUAAUUUUUUUUACACAAAUGAAUAAUGUUAAGACAACAUAAAAAUUUGUAUAAAAAACUGUUCUAACACAGAGUUUUGUCUCUGUGUUAAUUUAUACAAAAAAUUUUUUACUGUGUAGUCAAAUUGUCUCAUUACUCGAAAUUGUCUCUGCAGUCAAUAAUUACUCAUUAUUAAAUUAAUUUACAUGUUUUUUUAUAAAACACUACAGGUGACGUAGAUGAUGAAACUGCAGUAAAGCGAAAGUGUGUUAAGAAAAAGAAUGAAAAAAAAUUUUUAAAAUAAUUGCAGGAUAUCUUCGGAGUUAAAAAGCUGAACACAAUAAACAAGUUAAUGAUUAUGGCAAUUAUUGUUAUUAUUGGUACGAUUGUUAUUACAGUGAUGAGAUAAAACUAUAAAAAGAUGACCAAAUAUCCUCGAUACUUUGAACUUGUACGUACAAGUAAAUUGAAAGAGAAAGUAAAGGGGAGAUGUCGCAAUAGGCUUGACGUCCAGCGUCAAGUGGAGGUGAAGAAAGAAUCAGUUGGUGACUGUUAAUCACAACGAAAGGUUGUAUAUCUUUUCAAAUACAUUUUUACCCAUAUAUUAUUUUACAUCAAUGCAAUAUGUCUGGGAAACAUUUAGUACUUUUACUUGUAUUAGUAAAUUUUGAUAAACACGUGUUAUCAAAACCUACUGAGCAUGUGGAAUUAAGUCUAGAGACACCUAAAGAAAUAAUAAAUAGCACGAUUAUAAAAGUACCCAAUCGAUGGGAUCGUGGGAUGGAACUGUUAGGCCAAAUUAUGGACUCACUAAGAUUUGGCAGAGGGAGAUUAGUGAAUUUUUUGAUGAUGGCUAGAAACGAGAUUGCUGAGCGCGCGGAGGAAUUCACGAGCGAGGCGGCCAAUAAAUUGGUUGCGCUUUUGGCGGCGCGAGAUGCGCGUAAAAUAAUUCAAAAUAAGACUGAGAAACGCAAUGCCAUCAGUCCAAAAAUAGAAAUAAGUACGACUGUCAACACACCAAUAAAAAUAGGACCUUUGGACGAUUUUUUGCCGCCCAAGACGCGUGAAACCUCACGAUUAGAGAGCGAAACUGGGCAGUCGUUAUUUGAAUUUAAAAAACCUAAACCAGUUCAAGGAUUUCUACAGAAUUUUCUGUCACCAGUUCCUCUAGUCGAUAGAAUAAGAGAAGAAGACAAGUAUGGAAAUAGUGGCGAUAAGUUUAUUGGAAUCGGGAGGGCUCUGAUAAACGGAUUCGAGGGGUUCAGUAAUUUUCUCAAUGCCGUUGUUGAGAUUCCGGUAGAUGCGGCAAAAAAAACUUCACGAGGAAUUACAGCUGCGCUCAAUCAAAUCGGUGGAAAGCUAGUAGGCCUUGAGUGAAACUGAAGUUAUUUAUUAAUUAUAACUAUCGAUAUAUAUAUUGUGUAAUUUUGUAAAUAUUAUUAUGGGUUGUUGUUAUUAAAAUUUUAUCAUUAAGAAUAUUUACUGUUCUGUAUUUAUAAUUUAAAUGUUUUUUGUAAUUUUAAAUGAAUAAAUAAAUUGUUUUUAUUA